GGUAUCUGGCACUGGAGGCACAAUUUCCUGAGACAGCAAAGGGAAGAAAAAACAGAAAGCAUCAGCUUUUCUCUCUAAAGCACCUUGUGCACUUUAAAAUGAAAGAUGAAAUUGCUGCCACAGUCUUCUUCAUCACAAGGCUAGUGAAAAAGCAAGACAAGCUGAGCAAACAUAAAAUGGAGAAAUUUGCAGCUAAACUGACAACAAUAUUGUUUGAAAAGUAUAAGAAUCAUUGGUACUUGGACAAUCCAUCCAGAGGACAAGCCUUCAGGUGUAUAAGGAUAAACAAGCAUCAAAUGAGAGAUCCACUGCUGGAGCAAGCUUGUGUGGAGAGUAAUGUGGACUUCAAUAAGCUUGGCUUGCCAAAAGAGAUGACAGUAUGGGUUGAUCCAUUUGAAGUGUGUUGCAGAUACGGUGAGAAGAGCCGGCCCUUUACAGUUGCUCACUUUGAAGGAGAGGAGAACCAAGAGCUUCCUCAGCAGAUCAGCCAUGCUGUUGACAGAGCAGCACUGGACUAUCAUUCUGGCACAUCCUCAGAUGAGGAGAGCUUCAACAGGGAGCCAAAAGCUAUCCCUACUGUCAGCAACCCUAACAGUGUCUAUCAGUUCAAUGACUACUGCAAGCCACCUAUACAGACCUGGUCUCAGUAUCUUCAUAGGAAGACAUACAUGACUGAUGGACUUCCUCAGGCAGGCUCAUACUAUGCCCAGCACAGGGGUUACAAAGUCUACAGGCCAACAGCUGCUUUCACAGGACCGCGUGUUGAUAGAUACCAUUGGAUCAAUACCAAGCGGUAGAACUGUGGCUGCACCUGUUGCAGGCUGUUGAAACACUGAGCUAUGGUACAGGAUGAAAGCUGGCACUACAAAACUUUGUACAUGGAGAAAAAGCACUUACUGUCUACUCCCUGUGUCUUGUCUUGUGCAUCGGAGAUUUUGGGGUUUUAUUACAUAACCAUUUUAAUGUUUUAAUGUUAAUAUAAGAUUAAAAAUUAAUGUUUAAGACUCUGUU